AUGAAAUUACUCAAUACUCUUUUGCUAGUCGCUGGUUCGACGGUACUUUUUACCACAAAUCCCUCAUCUGCUUGUGAAAAAACUUGUCGUGUUGGCAUUAGCACGACAUUUGCCGAAAAAUAUGGAAAUGUGACUCACCCAAUUUGGGUUUCAUUAUACCAAAACCUAGAAGACACCGCCCUAGAUAACGUAGUGUUUCCAAGUAAAAAAGAUAGUGUUACCCAAAAACUCAGAAAACAAAUUCUUCUUACUCUUAAUAAUAAAGCUAAAAAGCUUGAAACCAAUUUCAACAAAAGAUUGCCCAAUAUCGUAGAACAUGCUAUUUUCGUGCAAAAACCUCAAUUUCGUGGAGACUGUAAUCAUCCAUUUCGCGUUAAACAACCGAAACCACCAGCGAUUUGGAAAAUGAGUGAUUGCCGAAAAAUGAAUUACAUUUGCGGAAAUCCACCAUCCAUUUGUCAUUUCUUGGAUAUGAUUAAAAAGCGAAACGUGAAAGCCAUAAAAUCUGUCCUUUCGAAAGAAGCAACGACUAAAGAAAAUUUCUUGGCCACUCUCUCAAAUGCUGUCAAUCAAACAUUGCACAAUAACAGCGAAAUCAUUAAAAAAUCCGAAAUUCCUGAUAUUGUUGCGGCUGUGAAAGUUAACAUAGUCAAAUCUUUAACUUUGUUUGCGGGUCAUUAUAAUUCGGAAUUUUGUAAAGGAAAUUCGUGUGAUCGAUUUGAUUUGGAAAUCAAGAAACAGCUUUUGACUUAUCCUUAG